AUGACGGUCUCAUCCCCCGCCGAUGUACUCCCGCCCGGCGACGAUGGCUCCUCCACCCCGGCCCACAUGGCCACCACCACGGUCAAUGUUGGAGGUAUGACAUGCGGCGCAUGUACUUCCGCCGUCGAGGCUGCUUUCAAAGGGGUCCACGGUGCCGGGGACGUGUCUGUGAGCUUGAUGAUGAACCGCGCCGUCGUCCACCAUGAUCCCUCGCUCCUCUCGCCCGAGCAGAUCGCCGAGAUUAUCGAAGAUUCCGGUUUUGACGCGACUAUCCUCUCCACCGAUACUCCGUCAGCGCAUACGGGGAAGGAACAUGGCAAUGGGUCGCAGGUCUCGACUACGACUUUGGCGGUGGAGGGUAUGACCUGUGGCGCCUGCACCGCGGCGAUUGAGGGAGGAUUGAAAGACGUCGCUGGUGUGCGGUCAGUCAGCGUUUCUUUGCUGUCGGAACGCGCCGUUGUCGAACAUGAUGCGUCUGUCAUCGCGCCUGAUCAGAUUGCCGAGAUCAUUGAAGAUCGUGGCUUUGACGCGAAGGUCCUGGAGACCUCCACACAACAACCGGGCGUGCGCGCGUCGCACGAGACGACUGAGACUGCGUCUCAGCUCACGGUGACUACAGUAUCUAUCGAGGGCAUGACCUGCGGGGCAUGUACGGCAAGCGUUCAGAGCGCCUUUACGGGCGUCGACGGUGUGGUCCAAUUCAAUAUCAGUUUACUCGCGGAGCGCGCAAUGGUCACGCAUGAUCCGGCCGUGCUUUCCGCGCAGAAGAUUGUUAGCCUUAUCGAAGAUGCUGGCUUUGAUGCAGCGGUCGUUUCCUCCCAAGCGCAAGGACCAAUCUCAAAAACCCAGAGUACUGUCACUAUGAGCCUUCACGGUUUGCGAGAUGCGACGUCAGCAAGCGCAUUGGAGGAAUCGCUCCUUCAACCCGGCGUCGCUUCUGCAGUUGUAAAUAUGGCGACUUCGCGUGUCACAAUCUCUUUUGAUCCGUCUGUGAUUGGCAUCCGCUCCCUCGUGGCGAUGAUUGAAGCAGCUGGAUAUAACGCCUUGCUUGCGGACUCUGACGACACUAAUGCCCAACUAGAAUCUCUAUCCAAAACCAAAGAAGUUCAUGAAUGGAGACGCGCUUUCCUCUUCUCUCUCUCAUUUGCAAUCCCCGUGUUCGUCAUCAACAUGAUGUUGCCUAUGUACCUCCCAGCUCUCGACUUUGGGAAAGUUCGGAUUAUACCGGGUGUCUAUCUAGGGGACGUCGCCUGUCUUCUCCUCACCAUUCCCGUGCAAUUUGGUAUUGGAAAGCGCUUUUACGUCACGAGCUACAAGUCGCUAAAGCAUCGCUCACCGACCAUGGACGUCCUGGUAAUGCUGGGGACGUCGGCCGCCUUCUUCUACAGUGUUUUCACCAUGGUGGUCUCCCUUUUCACCGCAUCACCGACGCGGCCAAGCACGGUCUUUGAUACAAGCACGAUGUUGAUUACCUUCAUCACCCUUGGCCGGUGGUUGGAGAACAGGGCGAAGGGCCAAACAUCUGCCGCUCUAUCGCGACUCAUGUCCCUGGCCCCUUCGAUGACCACAAUCUACGAUGACCCCAUCGCGGCAGAGAAGUUGGCUGAAGAAUGGGAUAGCUCGGCACCUCCUUCCGGUGACCAUAAGUCGACUUCGACUGCGGAGCGAUCCGGACCUGGGCAUCAAAUCAUUCCCACUGAACUCAUUCAGGUUGGAGAUAUAGUCAUCCUUCACCCGGGCGAUAAAGUCUCUGCCGAUGGUGUUGUCAUCCGAGGGGAAAGCUAUGUUGAUGAAAGCAUGAUCACCGGCGAAGCCUUGCCCAUCCACAAGACUAAAGGGAGUAUUGUGGUCGCGGGAACGGUCAACGGGACGAGCUCGAUCGACUUCAGGGUGACACGUGCAGGUAAAGACACGCAACUAAGCCAAAUUGUCAAACUAGUUCAGGAUGCACAGACCAGCCGGGCCCCCAUUCAACGCAUGGCCGAUGUUGUCGCAGGAUACUUCGUUCCCGCCAUCAUCAGCCUGGGACUGGUCACUUUCUUCGGCUGGAUGUUCAUGAGCCAUGUCUUGCCCAAUCCUCCGAGGAUAUUCGUCGCCGAAGGGAGCGGCGGCAAGGUCAUGGUGUGUUUAAAGCUGUGUAUCUCAGUCAUUGUGUUUGCCUGUCCAUGCGCUCUGGGUCUCAGCACUCCCACGGCCGUCAUGGUUGGCACCGGAGUUGGUGCGCAACAUGGAAUUCUUGUCAAGGGCGGUGCUGUUCUCGAGAGCGCGACCCGCAUUACCCAUGUGGUAUUUGAUAAGACUGGCACAUUGACCACCGGAAAGAUGAGUGUGGCCGAAGCCAAAAUCGAGCGUCACUGGACGUCGAACGACUGGCGUCGUAAGCUGUGGUGGCUUAUCGUCGGCCUUGCUGAGAUGAACAGUGAACAUCCUAUUGGCAGGGCCAUAGUUUCAGCUGCCCAGGCGGAAUCGGGCCACCCUGGAGAAGGCGGACUGCCUGGUAGCUUGGGUGACUUCGAUGCAUGUGUUGGCAAGGGUAUCUCCGCUGUGGUUGAGCCUUCCUCCAGUGCUGAGCGCAUCCGCUAUCGUGUGCUCAUUGGGAAUGCUGCCUUCCUACGGUCGAGGGACGUCAAGGUUCCGGAGACUGCAGAAUCCGAAGAGCUAGGUACCUCCAACACCAAGGCCACCGCCGGUAUCACUCAAAUCCAUGUCGCAAUCGACAACCAGUUCGCAGGCACCAUCAUGCUUCGAGACACCGUAAAGGUCACUGCAGUCGCGGCCGUUGCGGCCCUGCACCGCAUGGGGAUAUCCACCUCCCUCAUCACAGGUGAUACUCACGCCGCUGCUGUGUCCAUCGCCUCGGCCGUCGGCAUACCGCCAGAGGCCGUUCACGCUUCUGUGUCCCCCUCUGACAAACAAUCCAUUGUUUCUUCUCUCCAGGCAUCCGGCGACCGGGUUGCCAUGGUGGGUGACGGAAUCAACGACUCCCCCGCGCUAGCCACCGCCUCUGUCGGCAUCGCGCUUGCAUCUGGCACGGACGUGGCCAUGGAGGCCGCUGAUAUUGUCAUCAUGCGCCCGGACGACCUCCUCUGCGUGCCCGCCAGCCUGUCACUAUCUCGCUCAGUUUUCAACCGCAUUAGGAUGAACCUCAUAUGGGCCUGUCUGUACAAUGUCAUUGGCCUCCCAUUUGCAAUGGGUCUCUUCCUCCCAUUUGGCUACAUGCUACCCCCGAUGGCCGCCGGCGCCGCCAUGGCCGCAUCCAGCGUCUCUGUCGUGGUAAAGAAGGAGGUUGAGAUGGGCAAUGUCAGCAUGUACGGUUCCAAAAAGAGCUGGUGGGGUGCUGCCCUCUCUGUCAAUGGGUAUGGUCCGCGUCGGGGUGCUGUACAGUGGAUUCGACGUUCUGGUACAAAAUUCUGGUCUGCCAUCACGGGCAGAGGCGCCGUUGGUCCUAGCGCCGACGAAGGCUAUGUCCCACUGCAGACCGUGGAGCCGGCUGCUUGA